AUGUCUCGCAGUGUUCGUGAUCUUCGUGAAUUAAUUUGUUUAUCUCGUUUUGGUUUUCGUGCUGAUGAAAAUGUAUUAGAAACUGAUAAUUCUAAUGAAACAAAUAAUACAAUACUUUUUUAUUUUGAUCCAUCAUUACUUAAUAAUUGGCUUGAAAUAACAUCAUCUCGUUUAGAAAGAUUACGUUCAUUAACAACAGAUAAAUUUGUUAAUUUUAUUUAUUUUUGGUUGAAACAAUUUGAUUAUCAACAUAAACAAUCAUUAUUUCGAAUGGAAUUUGAAUUAUUUAUUGAACAUUUAUUACUUGCAUUUACACCAAAUGAUGUUGAUGUUAUACAAAUAAAUCAAUUUGCUAAACAAAUACUUCAUGAUAUUGAUAAGCAAAUAGGAGAAUAUACAAUUGAAAAUGAUUAUAAUUUUAUUUAUUUUAUUGAUGUAUUUAAUCGUUAUAAACGUGAUGAACAAUAUCGAAAUUUAUUAGCUAGUUUACCAAAUGAAUUAACAUUGAAUAUGGAUAAUCGUUUACAUUUACAAUGGAUGUUAGCUAUACGCGCAUUUGGCCUUGUUGCUAUAUGUACAGCAGCUGUUGAAUUUUUUGAAAAAAUUCAAGAAACACUUGAACAAAGUAGAGCAACAGGUGAACGUCAGUCAUCUAAAAAUGAUGAUAAACCUACAUUCAAUGAUCCAUCAGAACAAUUUCGAAUGCGAAUUUUAACUGCAUUAAGAAAAGAUCAUAUUGAUAGUAUUGAAUAUUUCAUUAAAACUAAACAAUUAACUGGUGAUGCUCUUGAUGAUCAAAAUCGAAAUAUUCUUUUUCAUGCAUUAACUCUCGAAAAUAUUCCUAUGAUCGAACAUUUACUUAAAUCAAAUUUACCGAACUUAGAUAUCAAUUCAAUUGCUCAAUCCGGAAAUAGUCUUGUUCAUGUUUGUGUUACUCUUCAAUCAAUUCCUCUUAUUGAAUUAUUAAUAAAAUAUUAUCCAACUAUAAAUUUAAAUCAACGUAAUUAUCAAGAUGCAACACCACUUCAUCUUGCAAUAAUUUAUGAUAAUAUUGAAUUAAUUCGUUCUCUUAUUCAAUUAGGUGCCGAUAAAAAUUUAACAAUGAAAACUAAAACAUGUUUACAAAUGUCUACUGAAUUUAAUUAUGAGAAUUUAAUUGAUUUUUUUUCUAAACUUGUUUAA